ACACGUGGCACGCCCUUCGAGCUAGCUAUAGAGACCGAGAAGGGGUGGAAAAGUGGUAGCCAUGUCGUACAGCGACGAAGAAGCUGCAGGGAGCGAUGUGGAAGAGGAGGAAACAGAGGAAGAAAAGACGCUGAAAGAGAUGGUGAACGCGUGCAAAUACGGAAACUUGGCCAAGGUGAAGGAGCUGGUGGGGAAAGAGGAAGAAGAGUUUGUUGAGAAGCGCGACGAAGAAGGCCACACUUUUGUCCACUGGGCAGCUCUCGGAGGCUACAACGAAGUCGUCAAUUUCCUCUUGGAGAAGGGGGCGCCCCUCAAUGAGCACAGUGAUAAUGACUACGGUCCUCGGCCAAUCCACUGGGCGUGCGUACACGGGAACAUAACCACGGUGGAUCUGUUUGUAGAGCGAGGAGUUCCGAUCGACACGACAGAUUUGAACGGGUGCUCUCCGCUGUUGAUUGCAGCUCAGUACGGACAGUCCCUAGCAAUUAGCUACCUCCUCCAGAAGGGAGCCAGCAAGUUCCACGUGGACAUCAAUGGUGACAGCGCUCUCCACUGGGCCAGUUUCAAGGGUCAACCUGAGGUGGUUUUCAUUCUUUUGAAUGCUGGACUGAAUCCAAGGCAAAAGGGAUUCCUACGGUCAACCUCGAUAAAGGGAGACAUUCAGUGUGCCGAGAUGCUCAUGGAACAUGGAGGGAGUGUCGAGGAUAAGGACAGCAACAGUAAGACUCCGAGGAUGCUGGCACUCGGUCGCAGACACAAGUCUCUGGUCAAGUUUAUGGACACUCGAGACCUGUCCAAUAUAUGGGACUGGAAGACUGUGGUGUUUGGUCCACCUGGUCGCAGCAGAGCUGGUGUCAUCUUUUUCCUGGCAGCCAUCAUCUGCUGGGCCUACCCCAUGUACUUCAUCAAGGCUGUUCCUCUGACAAUGGAGACGGAAGUGAAUGCCCACAUAGCGUUCUGGGUGGCCUCGGUGUUCAUGUGGGUCAUGUUUGUCUGGUCGAAAUUCAGUGAUCCUGGCUACGUCAAGACAAACAGAGAAGCCUAUGAAGAAGCACUGAAAUUGAUAGGAAAUCCGUCGGCAUGGGGAGAGUACGACAACAUGAACAAUCCCAUCUACAAUCUCUGUCACACGUGUAAGGCCGUGCGGCCAGUGAGAGCCAAACACUGCCGGCAGUGCAACAGGUGUGUGGAGGUUCUCGAUCAUCACUGUCCCUGGAUUGACAACUGCAUCGGGAGGAAAAACAGAGUGGCGUUCACCGUCUUUCUCUAUGUGCUGGGAGUCAACAGCAUGUUCUGUUUCUACUUCUCCUGGAGGAUAGUGGAGCUGGAGGGAGCAGACUUUGCCAUGUACAUCGGUCUCUCUCUCUUUGCCGUCUUCUCCAUAUCUGGCCUCAUCAUGAUUGGCUUCCAGCUGUAUACAAUCAUAUUCAAUCUCACCACAAACGAGAGAGCAAACUACAGACGCUACCGGCAUUUCCGGACUUCAAACGGUCGAUACAAGAACCCGUUUGAUCGCGGAUUCAUGAAAAACUGCCUCGAGUAUUGGAACGUGAUUGAGCAAGUGGGUGUUUUAAGGAGGAGGGGAAACCACAUAGUGUGACAACUUCUGCUGCCGUCGUGUGUAGGGACAAAUUGAUGAUAUAUUAUAACAUAAACCAACCACACAUUAUUGACAAACACAAGCAUGCGUUGUUGAACAUGUCUGAUCUAAGUAUUUAUUGUGCUUGUUUACUUGUUUUGAAACCAAUGAUAUUUGUACCACAUUCAAGACAAAUAAUGUUUGUAUCCUGCUAGUGAAGUAUUGUGUUGAAAUGUGAUGAACAAUGGAGCUACAUAACCCUCACUGGCAUACUGUCCAGUUUGCCGAGUGUCUCUCGAAACAACAUUGACUGUGAACGAUAUCUCAUUUUCGUCGUCCACCGUUAGAAAGACGGGGUGUGCUCCAAUUGAAGUGAUAGGCUUGGACAGCUGUAUGCAGUCGAGGGGUACGUGGAGGCAGAACCUCCGGAGCUCCUUGGCAAUAUGUUGUUCAUGAACACUCCACUCCCCGCCCUCAGAAGGAACAGUCACGGAAAUGUCGUGCUUAGCAAAGACACCCUUUACGAAUGCAGCAAUGUCGGCCUCACUGUCCGACCCCUGCAUCUCCUCUCUGGCUCCGUAGAGCUCCAUGUUGUCUGGAGUGGCAUACACUGCUUUCCCCUGCGGGAGAAGCCAGUUUCUGCCGUAACCAUGCUCCACACGCACCACGUGACCCCUCCUGCCCAACUUAUCGACGUCUUCUGUAAGAACGAGCGCCAGUUUAGCCUUCCUGUUGGGUCUCUGCUUCCAUGGUUUUGAUUCCCUGCGUGUUCCGUACCCCCUGGCGUUCUCCACAAGCGCAGGGCGAGAGGAAACGCGCAACAAAGAGAGAAGCCUCUGCAUAUGUGAGUUGUG